AUGUUUGACAUUCUAGGAUUUGCAGCACAACGUCUAUGCUUCAACGUGACCGACAUGGAGACUUUGGGUGCUUUGUUUGAAGUGUCCGACACUUCAGUCUCGAAGACUCCUGAUCAUUACAGCUUUCAGCGCUUGUUCCUGCCAAAUAUCACACAACUCGACAUUACAUUACGGCUUGAUUUGCCAGCUGUGGAGGUAUCAAGAGAUACCAGCACCGGCGAAACACACUGUCUUAGAAAUGGACGUCGUCGAUACACAUUCCAGAGGCCAUUCGAUGAUAUUGAGGAAUAUCGUCAGCUUUGGUCCGGCGUUCCCGCAAAGAUCUUUGAGCAUAAAGAGCUUCGCAAGCUUCGAAUAUGGCUUGAUCAUCCUGAUGACUUGGGCUGGGCGAUCGUCCGCAAACGUGAGGUUUUAUCCACUUUUGAACGACUAGCCAUUCCUCAGCACUUGAACUUGGUCAUGUACAUUCCAUUGGUUUUCCCCGAGAAAGAAGAACCAAAGCGGAGUUCCUUUCGAAAUGUGACUGAGGCCAAGGGAUCCUCUUUGCCGUCAUUCGAGAUAUGUCGUUUCCAGCGGCCACACUUUGAAUCUCAGUUUGAGAAGUGGCGCGAAGAGGAACUGAAUGCGGAUAUAUCGCUGCCACUUGUACAUAUUCAUUGGGCACCCCAAUCGUUGCGCGAUGCAGCAAUGGCAAUGUUCAAUGGCCUGAGCUGA